GCUCAGCUUUCUGUAUAGCUCCCUGGAUUCCACAUAUUCCCAUUACCGGGUUAAUAUCAACCAUGCAGCGGAGAUCAAGAGGACUUAAUGCUGGGCUCCUGCUGCUGCUUUCUCAAAUCUUCCAUGUUGGGAUCAGCAACAUUCCACCGGUCACCCUGGCAGCUCUGGCCGUCAACAUCUGGUUCUUCUUGAGUCCCCUGAAGCCGCUGCUCGGCUCCUGCCUCAGCGUGGAGAAGUGUUGCCAGGAGAAGGAGUGGCAGCGCCUGCUGCUGUCCCCCUUUCACCACGCGGACGACUGGCACCUGUAUUUCAAUAUGGUCUCUCUGCUGUGGAAAGGGAUCCAUCUGGAAAGAAGACUCGGAAGCAGGUGGUUUGCCUACGUCGUCACCACAUUCUCCCUCCUCACUGGGCUGGUGUACCUGGUCUUGGAAUUUGCUCUCGCAGAAUUUAUGGACGAGCCUGGCUUCAAAAGGAAUUGUGGUGUAGGUUUCUCAGGAGUGCUGUUUGCUCUGAAAGUGCUGAACAACCAUUACUGCCCUGGAGGCUUCGUCAGGGUCCUGGGCUUUCCCGUGCCCAGCAGGUUCGGGUGCUGGGCCGAACUCCUGGCCAUUCAUCUCGUCACUCCGGGGACCUCCUUCGCCGGGCAUCUGGCCGGGAUUCUCGUUGGACUCCUGUACACUCAUGGACCUCUGAAGAAAAUCAUGGAGACCUGUGCAGGCAUUUUUUCCUCCAGUAAUGGUUACCCAGGACAGCGACCGUACUUUAAUAAUUCAGGCUACCCUGGGUUUCAGGAUUACUACCCGCACGGCCGCGCCACCUACCACGCAGAGGCGCCCAGGAACUACGACGCGUACACAGCGGGACUGAGUGAGGAGGAGCAGCUGGAGAGAGCGUUGCAGGCCAGCCUCUGGGACCGAGGAAGCAGCAGGAGUGCGCCCCCCUCCUACGGAUUCCGUCUGUCGCCCGAAGAACUGAGGAGGACGCGGCUGCACAGAUUUGACCGCCAGUGAGGACACCCAGCGCCU